AAAUUCAAACCACUAACAAAUUCACGAUCCUUGUUAGAAGAAGAAGUCAAAAACUUUCUGUUAAACUGUAAAUGUCAAAUCAAAAGAUUAUUUAAAAAGUUGUUUUGUUUAUUAAUUUCAUAGAAAAUUCAACUAAUUUAUCAAACAAAAAUAUUAUUGUAAAAGUUGCCUUAUUAAUCAAUGGCCUUUCUACCAAGACGUGUCAAAGAUAUUCCGCCUUUAGAACCAGAUUCAGAAGAUGAUAGAACUCCUCAAAAAGGAAAAAAUGUUAACAAAAAUAUAAAUGAAUUACACAGUGGUGAAUCGUUCAAACAGCGAAACAUACCUAAAAGAGUUUCGGAGUUGCCGCCCCUAGAACCCGAUUCCGAUGAAGAUGAGUGCAAAAAUGAUAGGUUCAACUGUGCCAUUCUCAAUGACUCAAUUAUGAGUCCCGCCAUUAGCGAUAAUGAUGACAAUUCGCCCAAGAAGAGCCAAAAUCCUACGGAUGUCGUUUCCAACCAGCAGCCAGCAGAUGAUUCUUUCCUGUCGAUGUUUGAUAAAAUGAAACUUAACGUUGAUACGUUGCCUUCGAAGAAGACCGAAGAUGUUGUUCUCCCCGCUGCUCAGAUCCAUCCACAGAGCCAUCAGAAACUACCUCUGAAACCAAUCCAAGAACACCAAAUUCCUACAAAAGUUUCAGGUCUUUCCAUAAUUAUUUCACAACCCCCAACACAACCACCAACAGCAGCAGCUAAAGAAGUAGGAGUGGGAGUUGAAAUUGAAACUCCUCUUAAGCAGCCCGAUAAUCAAUUUGCUACGCCUCAAAUUCGGUCAUGGUCAGUUGCCAGACGUCCAAAAGAUCUCUGUUCAACAUCUCGCAAAGAACGCACAGCUAUUGCCAAUGAAUUUCGAUCACAGAAGGUACUCUUCCAGACUCCCAUGGCUGUGGCGCGAGCUCCACAUCUAGCUAACAACAGUAUUACACUGUCGCUGUGUGAUACUAUGAAUGAGAGUGGAACACCUGGAACAGCCGAAAAUCAAUCUAAAUCCAAGUCUCCCCAAGUUAGGAGUGAGGCCGAAAUAAAAUCGAAAAAAUCUUUGGCCUUUAGUGAGCAAGAAGCCGAAUUGAAAAACACUGAAGCAGUUAAAUCGAAGGAGAAUAUUAUUAUGAUCAAUGGAUCGGAGUACGAGAUCAGGAAGAAACUUGGCUGUGGUGGAUCUAGCAGCGUUUAUUUGGCACAGCGCAAGGACUCCGGAAAAGACUGUGCUCUGAAAAUAGUUGAUUUACGAGGAGACGCUGCAGUGGUCGAAGGCUACUUAAACGAAACAAAACUAUUAGCAAAACUUCAGGGAAAUAUCUGUGUGGUAUCGUUAUACGAAUAUGAACUUCUUGCCAAAGAAUCCAAAUUAUACAUGGUUAUGGAAAAAGGAGAUUCCGAUUUGCAUAAAAUUCUUUCAUCCUACAAAACUAACUUACCUCUCUACGUAUUGAUGAACUUUUGGUAUCAGAUGUUACAAUCAGUUUCUUAUAUUCAUCAAAAUGGUGUUAUACACUCAGAUCUCAAGCCAGCGAAUUUCUUGAUGGUUCACGGAAGACUGAAGCUGAUAGAUUUUGGAAUAGCGAGUAAUAUUGCCAUUGAUUCAACAAGUAUUAUUAAAUUCUCACAAGCGGGCACGUUUAAUUAUAUAAGUCCGGAAGCCUUGAUUGAUACAUCGACUGGAAAUAGCCCGAUGGGAAAGAACCAGCCUAAAAUAAAGAUUUCAACAAAAUCCGAUGUCUGGUCUUUAGGCUGUAUUCUAUAUCUUCUUAUGUAUCAAAAGACACCAUUCGGACACAUAAAAAAUAUUUAUGCCAAAGUUAAUGCCAUAACUAGUCCUUCCACGGAAAUUCAAUAUCCAGCGUUACCAUCAUACUAUCCAGUUAUGUUAGUGCAGAUGGCAAAGAAGUGCCUCCAACAUAAUCCAAAACAGAGACCAUCGUGCAUUGAAUUAUUGCAAUAUCCAUUCAACAUGAUAAUUCCAAUUCAAAAUCUUAGUGUUACCUAAAUAUUUAUAAAAAUUGAUAUUUUAAUUAAAUUUUAAUACAUAUAUUUGAUAAAGUAGAUUUUAUGUAUGUAAAAAAGUUAUAAUAAAUUUGUAUAUAAGCACAUAGA